CCAAUGCAAUAAAGUUAUACGGUGUCUAUUUUUCAUUGAAAAAGGGGUAUUUCCAUGGGUUUGCCUAAAAAAAAUGUUCUUGUGAUAGGCCCUUUUCCUGCCAAAUGGCCCAAAACAAACAGCAACGGGCAGCCAUCGAAACUCAAGUCCGGUCAUAGUGGGCCGUGGUUGAACUGGUUAGGUUUAAGGGUUGAGCGUAUGAUAAAGCGUUUGACAUGGCAUAACAUGUAGAGGGUCAAACAAAAUGGAGAAGGACGAAGCAACUAUGAGGCAGUGGUUAUUGGGCUCAAGCUGGCAAUUCUCCUUCCUCUCCACCCCCCCCCAAAAAAAAAAACCUCUCAAGCCAGCGACAAAAUAUGGCCCCGUUCAAGUUACAGCAUUCAACAGUAUUAGCCAAGGCAUCUUAUUCACAACAACUGAAGCAUCAGAAUACAAAAGAGACGAAGAAAAUGAAAUCCAGCAUGAGACAGUUACAAGCAGAAAUGAGAGAAAUAAGUGAGGAACAGAAAAGCAUUAGAGAGGGACAAAGGCAAGUUAAGGAAAAAUUUAAGGCAAUAGAAUCUGAAUGCCAGAAGCUACACCAGGAGACUAAACUCAUCACGCAGAAGAGUGCCAUUUCCCGUGACCGCCUUACUCUCAUGUUUCAAAUUCUAAAAGCACGACAAAAUAAUGAUUUCCCCACUGCCACCGCCCUCACUCAGGCGCUCCGUGACCAUAUAGGGAUGCAGAGCCAGCACAAAUGAGCUAGCUUUAAAGGAGAGUUGCUGUUGCGUUUAAGUGGUUAUUGGAUGGGCAAGAGCUGUCCAGCCAUGUUUGGUUAAUAAAGUAUUUCCCUUUUUUUUUUCCUUUUUUUUUCCCCUGAAUAAGUUUGGACUUUCACGUGUUCCCUGCUCUGUAAAAAGGAGUUCUUGACGUUCUGUAAUGUGAAAAUCACUUGGCCUUGUUAGCUGUUUUAUUUUUCCUUUUUGUUUUCUAUUAAAUGACUUGGAUUGUU